UUUAUUGGUAAACAAUUUAAAGAGCUUUUUAAGUUAUUUUAAAUAUUUUUAGAAAAAUACCAUUCCUGUGCAAUAUUUAAUCCAGGUACCAAAGAUGGCAAGGAUGUAACUUAACAUUACUUAUUUGAAAACACCAACAUAUUAUGAUCUCAAAAUGCAUUAAUUAUUUAUCAGAUUUAUAUGUAAGUAGUUAUAUUUUUAAUUCAUUCGAAUAUUUAUUGAGCUCAAGUGAUCGAAUUUCACAUAUCAAUAAUCAUCACAGUAUGGACAAUCAACUUAACUGCAAAUCUAUUUUGAAACGGAAAUCUCUCGAAAUGUCCACUGAAGAUAGUUCAACGCCUGUGAUAAUGCCCGAAGACCCACAAACCCAGAGUUCCUUUAAAAAUGUUAACCUUAAGUCUUGCAGGCAGGGUAUACUAAAAAAGCAUUCGGCCAGUUUUGACGACGAUUCAACACAAAAACCAAUAUUGAAAAACCGUUGCUUGUCUUGCGACGACGAUGAAUCUUUGCUUAAUUUUAAUGAGCUCCAUUCCAUACUGAAACGAAAAACAAGCGAACAGUAUGACAACUCAGAACCCCAUGGGAUAUUGAAAAAACGCGAACUGGUCGUCCACCAGCUGGACCAUUUUCAGCCACCGGUGGAUGAGGACAUUAGACCCAUUUUGAAACAAAAGAAAUUCGAAUCCGAUUCUGCGGACGAGAACAAUUACCCCAGACCGAUUUUGAAGAAGAAAUCAAUCGAUUCGUCGGACGAUAAAAGACCGAUUUUGAAAUCGUCUAGAAGUAAUAGUCCAGCUAAAAACGUCAACUCCAAACGGCUCUCGGUGGCGCAGCGAAUCUCAAAUUUGGAGUCAAUUAUGCAUGAUCCCAACACCUACAAGAAACCGGUCAAAGAAAAUUUGCGGAGUAGCCGCGACCGUUCAAGAUUUCAUACGCAACCCGUAACGCCGAGUGAAAUCAAAGCUAUUAAAAAAACAACGCGUACGGAGAACAACUUACAGAAUAUUUCAACACCAAAUCACACGACCGAUAAAUUAGCGACUGAUGUUGUUACAGAGAUAAAUAACAGGGAUACGCCAACCUGUGCGGCCUUGAAGCGUACAAAUAGUGUUUUAGCAAAAACUAAAGAAUUCCAGAGCAUUUGCGAUAAAGCUUCCAAUACUUCCAUAUCAGAUGUCAACUGUAAUAUUACAGCCAAAAGUAAUUCAUCGAAGUACAAACAGUGCCAAGAAAAGAAGCUGAGUGUUGCCAAUCGUUACUCAACACAGCCAGUGACCAACCACGAACUAGAAGAAGCGAAAAAUCUGAAUAGCAUAAAAAGCAAAACCGAUGAUAAUAAUGGAAGAUUGCCAAAGAAGAAAAUAGGAAGCUUUAUUAUGGACCGAAUGCGUCUAUUUAAUGGUAAUACUUGUACAAUUGAUAUAGACAAAGUAAAGAAACAUAUAGAUCUAAAUAACAGAAUGGCAGAUCCAAUAAAAAAAGUAACAGAAAGUCUUAAAGAACAAACUCUAGAUAAAAUAAAUGAUGAAACUACGGUGUUUAAAAUCCAACCAAAGAAAAUUAUAGAGAUGAAAGUGCAAUCAAAAAAUGAUAAGAAAAAAACGUCUGAGAUAAGAAUUCAAUCAAGAGACAACGUAAAAAAAUCAUCUGAUAUGAAAGUUCCUUCAAAAGACGAAACAAAAAAAAACCCAGAAAUUAAAGUCCAACGUGUAAAAUCGUUGAAAGAGCCUGCAGUAGACAACGAGCGUGCUAAAAACAGGAUUUCCCGAAAUGUUGCUUUAAAUCGAUCGUUCAACACUAAUUCAAAAUUGGAAUUGCUUAAACAACAGAAAUUUGAUGCCAAAAGUAAAGAAAAUGAAGAAUUUUCUAAACCUAAAAAGCACAUCGAGCCGUCUAAUGACAACACUGAUGGUACUUCAUUUGUUAAUGGAGGUUCUAUCAAAGAUAGGUUGGUAGCUUUGAAGAAAAGCGGACAAAUGGAUUGGCAAAAGAGAAUAUCGAAAAUAAAACCCGAGGACCACGAAGUGUCAAAUAACUCAAUAAAUACGGCUCAAGAUUUAUUGCGGAAACAACUCACUAGACAAGUGAAGUCUGCUGAAGAACCAGUUGAAUGUUUAGAUAAUAUUCUAGUAGAUCGACUUAAUCGACUUGAAACUUCUUCUAAGGAUUGGAAAAAACGAAUUGAACAAAAGGACACUACUAAUUUUACAGUUGCCGGAAAAAUGCAGAAUAAAUCAUUGCCACCGCUAUCACCUGUUCUUAUGUCAAUCACUCAGCGUUCUUCAUUAGAAAAAUCGUCUACAAGUAUUAUAAGAAAUAAAAAUGUAGCCGAAUCUACAAAACAAUCGACCAUUAGACGGAGUUUAUCGAUGUCCGACAAUAAGACUAAGUCAUAUCUAAACAACAAGUCUGAAAAAAUACCUUUGGAAAAUGGAUCCAAUAAUACAGCCAAAGAAAAAACUGUAAAUGUACCAAUUAUGAUUGAUGAUGAUUUUGAUAAAUUUUUCGGUAAUUCAACUCAAAAGUCUCAAGAUGAGCAAAUCGAUGAUUUAGAUUUUGAUCAUUUAAAAUCGUCACGAUCUGAUCUACUCGUGCAGCGAAAAAAGGUUAAAGUUCAGCACAGGAAGCAUGAAGGGUCAAAAAAUCCACUCAAAGCAUUCGCAACAAAUCAAGAUUUAGUUCAGCAUCAAUAUACAGAAAACAAAUCUAAUUUAUUACUGACCCGUAGUUUAGAAACAUCGACAAUAAAGACUCCGUUGGCUCGGGAAGCUCUUGCAGCAUUAGCCAGUAAAGAAGAUUUCGCAUCGGUGAAUCUCCGAAAAUCAGGUGAUUCGACGCCUUCUCUAUUGCCACCGUACAAAGAUCUGAUGUUAUUACAUAUAAAAGGCCGACGGCGAGUUCAGACACGACUAGUAUCACCAACCGCUGACUCCGUCAAUCAAGGCGAUUGCUAUGUAUUAGUUACGCCAACACAAAUUUUCGUGUGGAUAGGAGAAUAUUCAAAUGUUAUUGAACGAUCACAUGCUGCUAAAGUAGCUCAAAGCAUUUUUGACAAGAAAGAUCUGGGCUGUAAAUCAGCCAACCAGCUGUACACAAUCAACUGCGAUUCGUCGUUGCCCAACAGUCAACUAGAAAAGAAAUUUUGGACUCUUCUGGGUGUUACUUCAAGUGAAACGUCUUCCAUUAAAGGCCAAGGAGCGGGACACCCAGACGAGGACGAAUUGUAUGAAGCAGCUAUUGUUUCUACAAACGUUGUGUACGAGGUCGUUAAUGACGAACUUGUGGUUUUGCCGGAAAUAUCGGAAACCAUGGCUAAAAUAGAAAUAUUAGAUGCUUCUAAAACGUUGGUUUUCGACUUUGGUAGCGAAAUCUACGUAUGGUAUGGCAAAAACGUGAACAUCACCAAACGCAAACCAGCCAUUCGCUUAGCUCGCCAGUUGUUUGAUGAUGGUUACGAUUAUUCACAAUACGACGUUAGCCCAAUCGAUGUGGCCAUGUGUUUAGGAGAUAGAAAUAAAGACACAGUAUACGUGAAAUCUGGAGCCAAAAGACCUGAUUGGACACUAUUUGCAAAAAUCACGCAACACAUGGAAACAGUGUUAUUCCGUGAAAAGUUUGCAGAUUGGCCAGAUUACAGCCGGGUUAUAAAACCACCAAAAGAGAAUGGUGAAAAAAAAAAUGGAGAAAAAGAUACUUGCAUUGAUUGGUCUACUGAAAUAAAUGCUUAUAGUGCAGAGGAGAUGUUAAAAAUGUCAAUACAAGACCCAGAUUUAGUUUUGGGGGGUAGUCAUCUUGGUCGUGGAUCUUCUUAUUAUGAUCAAGAAACUUUACGUGAGUUUGUCAUAAAUACAAUCAGUGUGACUGUAUGGCAUGUCCAAGAAUUUGAUAGCACUGAGAUGGGCCCAAAGUCAGUUGGUCAUUUCCACAGUGGGGACUCAUAUAUUAUACGAUGGAUGUAUAAUGUUUCUAUUCAAGGAAGAGAACUUAGUGGCUUGCCUUCUCGUCGCAUGGUUACAUCAGGUAGAAAUCGUUGUGCAUACUGGUACUGGCACGGCCGAAAUGCAACUCAAAAUGAUCAGGGUGCUGCUGCCUUGUUAACUGUUCAAUUGGACACUGAACAAGGCCCGCAAUUGAGAAUUGAUCAAGGACAUGAGCCACCAGCUUUUUGGAAUUUGUUCAAAGGGAAAGCAAUUGUUUAUCGAGAAAAAAGAAAUCAGACUAUAAAUACUUGGCGUUUGUUCAUGGUCAAGGGAUCAAAUGAAGAUGAAGUCCAUUUAUCUGAAGUGUUGUGUUCUACAACACAAUUACGUAGCCAAACUUCAUUUAUUUUACUUAACUCUGAAAAUGGUACAGUUAUAGUUUGGCAUGGACAUGGAUCUACAGAUAUAAUUAAGAAGUUGUCGAUGAAAGUAGCCAAUCACCUGUCGGAAUUGGAUAGUACAGAGCUAGGUCUGACCGAAGGCGUCGUUCUGCAGGAACCAAAAACGAUAGAUGAGACGAAUGAGCCGCCAGAAUUCUUUCAAGCUUUGGGUUGCAAGAACUCUAGACGACUCCACGUCGGUCCAUCGUUGGGAACUGGUGGCAACGAUAUGAAACUCUUUCACUUUUCUUCGAUGCUCGGACAGUUUAAAGCCUCGUUGGUGAAUAGCGCCUACGUCCCAUCGCCCUUCCCAUACUUACAAGAUCACCUAUACAACGUCAGCCAACCAGCCACUUUUAUGUUGGACACCGGCGAGGAGCUGUGGCUGUGGCAAGGGUGGUGGCCCGAGACGGCGACGGACGACAACGCGGUGACGGACGCCGAACAAUCGGUGGUGGCCGACCAUCGCGGGUCGUCGUGGACGCGGUUGCAGGCAGAGAGACGCGCGGCCAUGCAGACCGCUCUCGACUACUGGAGGCGUAAGUUCGGCGACGACGACGAGAACGACCCGAGAGCGUAUCUGGUGUGGGCCGGGCUUGAGCCGCUCCGGUUCACCGACCGCUUCCCGGAAUGGCAAGACCGCGACGACAUCGCCGAGAUCAACAUGAAGCACAACCAUAAGCCUGGCGAGACACUUGCCGUCGAAGUAGAAUUAGCCAGACUCACGCGGGAGACCUAUCCGGCCGCUCAACUUCUACAGAGACCUCUGCCCGACGGCGUCGAUCCCACUAGACUGGAACUAUACCUGUCACCGAACUCGUUUAAAGGUUUGCUAGAUAUGGACAAAGACGAAUUCUUACAACUACCGAAAUGGAAGCGUACAAAAAUCAAAAAGUCCGUUGGUCUAUUUUAAAACAAUCCGAAUUCCCGAGCGGAUUAUUUAAUUUACGCGGUAUUAUUUUUUUAUGCUCGAAUGAUAUAGGUAUAUCCAUUUUAAUUUUCGUGUGAAUUAAAAAAAAGUGUAUUGUGUGUGCAAUCUUGUAUUUUUCUAUUGUGAAUU